CCUGCCUGCCCGGACUAUGAAGGCUUAGCUACCCUCUUCUCGUCGCGAACUUGUUCCCUCUUCGAUACGACCUCAGCUCUCGAAGUGCAACCCACAUUGCCGACUCGCCGAAUCGAGCCGAGGCGACGCGCAAUGAUCUCAACAAAACUGCCGUUCGCUGCACAUGCCCUCGUCGAGACCGCUGCCGCUCUGUCGUUCAUCUUCCGUCCGGAAAAGCAGCUUCCGGCGUGCACCCCUGCGGCGAAGCUCAUUCUACGCCAGUAUGGCGGGCUGCUACUCGCAACUAACCUCGUAUGCAUCGUCAUUCUCGCCCAACCUAGCCUUGGCGAUAACACGAUACGGCUACUCGCCGCCGCCUUGGGAUCCUAUCAUCUUUGGCCAUGCUAUCGAGCCUACAUCCGCAUUGCUUACCAAGUUGACGCGCAAGAGCAGACGCAACCCGCAUUAGGCGGCCCGUCUGUGCAUCUGGUGGUGCACCUGUUAUGCCUAGCCAUGUUCGUACGCACCGUCCUCUCGUGAAGGUCCCACUGAGACCAUUCGAUUAUCGCGGGGCGGGCGCUAUUCUAGAUCUUUACGUCCUAUCUUCGACCACCGAGGCUCGGGGGUGGGAACACGACGUCGGACGGGAAGGUGAUCGCGCGUGACACCCCUUCACCUCGUUCCUAGCUUGAAAGC